AUGGUGGACUACUACAAAGUUCUGGAAGUGUCCAGAACGGCAUCAGAGGCUGAAAUAAAAAAGGCGUACAAAAAAUUGGCCCUUCGAUGGCAUCCAGACAAAAAUCCGGACAAUCCAGAAGAGUCCAACAGGCGGUUUAAGGAAAUUUCGGAAGCAUACGAAGUACUCUCCGAUGCGUACAAACGACACAUCUACGACAAUCGGGGCACACGGAAAAGUGCCAGCGGUGGCGGUACCGGUGGCACUACCACCACCGGCAGCUACACCGCCUAUACCAACCGCGACUACAGUCGCAACGGUGGUUAUGACCAUUACCAUCACCAUCGCUAUGGGUCCGGCGGCACCCGGUACGGAUCGACCGGUGGCCGGGAAAAUAGUAGCAGCAGUCGUACGUUUAGAGAUUCGUUUAGAGGAUUUUUUGAGACGACGCCGUUUUUCCGCUUCUUUGAAAAGAAACGGCGCAUCUACGAUCAGUAUGGCAAGGAUGGGCUGAUCAACAAUGGAGGUUCCGAUCGCUACCAUCAGAGCACGCGACACCGGCGACACAAUGGCAGCAACGGCGGUAUGGAUGAUUUCGAGUUCUUCGGCUUCCCGUUCACAUUCCGCGAUCCGGAAGAUGUGUUCCGAGAGUUCUUCGGUGGAUCGCCGUUCGAUGAGUUGUUUAGAAUUAGUCAACCUGCGCAUCAGCAUGGCCGCCGGUCGAAUGGGGCCACCAACGGGCACCAGCAUCAUUACCAUCAGCAGCGACACUCACACCCGCAAAACGUCAUCUCGUCACCGUUUAUGACGCCGCUGAUGAGCUUCGGGCUGAUGGAUGAUUUCUUCAACAACGGGCAUAUGGCGCCCCGGGGUGGCAUGAGUUCCGUGUCGGAGUUUAGCUACAGUGGCGGUGGACCCGUCAAGCGUACCUCCACCUCGACCACCUUCAUCAAUGGCAAGAAGCUGAUGACGAAAAAGGUGUACGAGAACGGUACGGAAACCAUCAUGUCCUACGAGAACGAUGUACUAAAAUCAAAGACUGUAAAUGGGGUCGCUCAAGCUAUACCAUACAACCAUUAAAAAUUCACUGAGAAAUAAUUAGCCGAGACAGCAGCA